CCUCCAUCUUACACACACUCCAUUCUGAACAACAUCUGUAAACCUCAUGUCAGCUUCAAUACCUUUUGAGCCAAUCCCUACAUCAGACCCUGCACCUGAUGAGCCCAUCGCCACGCGUCCCCGCCGCACACAGCUCUCAUUUGCUGAUCGCGUCGAGCUGCUGAUCGACAUAGCCAGCAGGCGGCUGGGACCAAUUCUUAUCACGCUUGCGUUCAUUCUCUUGUCCUUGACUAUUUAUUGUUACUUUAUGGUCUUUAUUCCAUUUCACUACCCCCGGCAAGUGGAGGGCGAAGAGGAGGCGUCCAAUCUUGGGUAUAUUGCAAACAUGAUCUGGUCCUGUUAUAUAGUCUGGGGGAUCGUGGCCAAUUAUUACUACGCAGUGUCCACACCACCCGGCUACGUACUCGAUGGCAUAUCCACGGAGAAUGAAGGCAGCACGUUUCAAGAUGUUCUUGUCGAGAUGGAGACGUUCACCGAGUCCCCGCCGACAUGCAAACGAUGCCAUCUUCCAAAGCCGGAACGAACGCACCAUUGCAGCGUGUGCAAAAAGUGCAUCCUCAAAUACGACCACCAUUGCCCGUGGAUCAACAAUUGCGUGGGACACUUCAACCAUCGGUACUUUCUCAUGUUUUUAACCUAUCUGUCGAUAGCCAGCGUGUAUUUUCUCUACAUGGGAGCCGGUCCCUUUCUGUUUCUCGCAGAAUAUGAAGAUUCUGAGAACUGGCCAUAUCCACUACCGAAGGGAUUAACUGCAUUCUCGAUUGUGCUAGCUGGAGCAAUCGGGCUGUCUGUCAACGGCAUGGGCUGCUGGCACUGGUAUCUGACACUGACAGCUCAAACCACGCUUGAACAGUACAACAACGGAGUUAUCAAAGAAAUAUGCAAGAAAAAAGGCGAUAGGUUCAUGAACAUGUAUGACUUUGGCAUCAUUGGCAAUCUGCUGGACUUUUUCAACAUUGGUCGACGAGGCUUUUAUCCUUGGUACACCGCACUGCUGCCGAUCAGGAUCCCUCCGAUCGGAAAUGGCAAGAGAUUUCUGAAGAGCGGUCGCGGCUUCGUACUGGAUUUUGGCCAGGAUGAUGCAGAUGUAGUUUGAAGCCUUUGGGACAUGCGUAGAAAUAAAACGC